AAGGAGAAACAAAAGCUAUAUAUUAUAAAAAAAAAAAAGAAAAAGAAAGUAGAAAUCUUAUGUAACUAACGAUGAUUAUAGAAGCACAAGCUCAUAGCCUGGUGCUGCUCUCUGCCUCUUCUUCGACUUACGCUCCCAAUGUCCAAUCUCAUAAAAGCUCUCAUCUUCAAGUUGGCCUCUUUAAUCGACGAUUUCCAUUGCCCAUUUCUACUGGCCUUCGCACAAGGAGAUCUCGUUUCAAGUUAGCUGCCACCGUCACCGACUAUUCCCUUUCCGCUUCUCCUCCUCCACCACCGCCGGACAAGGAUGAUGGACAAAGGAAGGUGCCUGACAUGCAAACGCUGUUCAGAAGAUUUUGGAAAGUGGCUGCUCCGUAUUGGUUCUCAGAUGACAAGGUCCAAGCCAGAUUGCAGCUGGGUGCUGUCUUUGCUCUCACUUUGGCCACCACUGGUAUCAGCGUUGGCUUCAAUUUCCUCGGCCGCGACUUCUAUAACGCCCUUGCUAACAAGGACCAAGAACAGUUCACCAAGCAACUGCUAUACUACCUGGGAGGCUUUGCUGUAGGAAUUCCGUUCUUUGUGCUAAGAGAUUAUGCAAGAGAAAUCCUUGCUUUACGAUGGAGGUCUUGGAUGACAAAAUAUUACAUGGAGCGGUAUCUGACGAACCAAGCAUUUUACAAAAUUCAAUCCCAAGUCAUCAUUGAUAAUCCAGAUCAGAGAAUUGUUGAUGACUUAAGUUCCUUCACAGGGACAGCCCUUUCUUUCUCAUUGACACUUUUCAAUGCUGCUGUAGACUUGAUAUCAUUUAGUAACAUCUUAUAUGGUAUCUAUCCGCCAUUGUUUGUUGUCCUUCUUCUAUAUUCUGUGGGUGGAACUGCAAUUAGCGUUUAUCUUGGAAGGGGAUUAGUGACUUUGAAUUUCUUACAAGAGAAAAAAGAGGCAGACUUCCGCUAUGGACUUGUCCGUGUUCGGGAAAAUGCUGAAUCAAUUGCCUUCUAUGGUGGUGAAGAAAAUGAAAUGCAACUUCUGUUGCAGCGCUUCAGAAGUGCUUUUGAAAAUUUAACAAAAUUGUUGAUAUCUUCUAGAAAUCUAGAGUUCUUCACCAAUGGCUACCGAUACUUGAUUCAAAUUCUUCCUGCUGCUGUUGUUGCUCCUAUGUAUUUCUCAGGCAAAAUUGAGUUUGGCGUUAUUAAUCAGUCAGUAUCUGCAUUUAACCAUAUCCUUGGAGAUUUUUCUCUCAUUGUUUACCAGUUUCAAUCCAUCAGUGCUUUUUCAGCCAUCAUUGACCGAUUAGGUGAAUUUGAUGAUGUUUUGGACAGCAGCAUCUCUAAGCACCUGUCUGAGUUAUCAGAAGAGAUUUCUCUUUCAUACUGUAAUUUCAGAAAUUCACUUGUACUGGAGUCUAAUGGGUCUGUGCCAGUUGACAAUUGUCAAAAAUUGCUUAGCAUAGAGAAUUUGACUCUACAGACACCGACAAGUAAAGCUACACUGAUUAGGGACUUGUCUUUGGUUAUCAAUGAGAAAGAUCAUUUGCUGGUAACGGGACCUAGUGGGAGUGGUAAAACAUCAUUGCUAAGAGCUUUGGCUGGUCUUUGGAAUGUUGGAAGAGGAAAAAUAACUUUCUAUGUUGAUGAUGCUGAUGAUCCUCAGUUACCCACAUCUUCAGAACUGCCUGCUAAUGAAAUAAAUACUUCACAUGAAAAAGCUGGGGAACUUGAAGGGCCAAUUAAUAGAAAUUCUAGAGGAUUAUUCUUUCUUCCUCAAAGACCAUAUAUGGUUUUGGGAACACUUCGUCAACAAUUGCUUUAUCCUACAUGGGCUGAUGAUACGACUCCUAUGUCAGAUGGUGCUAAACCAGUUGCAGGUUCAUUGUCAUUCUUGAUGGGAAAAUCAAACUCAGAAAAUGGGGGAGCAAAGCCCAAUAAGCCUACAACAGAUGAUUUAAUACAGGUUCUAGAGAAUGUUCGUCUUGGCUAUAUAUUAUCACGUUUUGGCAGUCUGGAUUCAACAUAUGAGUGGUCCAGUGUUCUCUCCCUUGGAGAGCAGCAACGCCUUGCUUUUGCACGUCUUUUGCUUUCAAAGCCAAAGCUGGUUCUAUUAGAUGAAUCUACCAGUGCGUUAGAUGAAGCCAAUGAGGCUCAUCUGUACCGGCAAAUCGAAGCAGCAGGCAUAACUUAUGUAAGUGUUGGCCACAGGCGAACUCUUUAUGAACAUCAUAACAUGACAUUACGUAUAUCCACAGCAGAUCCCAACUGCAACAAACGUAAUUGGGACAUUGAGUCCAUAAGUUCUAAACCCAUGUAUGAUUUUUCCAGUCAGUGACCAGUGUACAUGAUAGCAGCAUUAGCAUCUACACCAUGGUUAAUAUAAAACUGUAACCUGUAAAUUUCUCCGAAUAGAAGAGCAUAAAGAAAGAGGAGCUUUAAUAUUUCAUUUAAGAUAAUACUCAUGAUGUCAAUGGUCAAUUAGUUAAGAGUUCA